UUUUGACGCAAUCAUUCUUGUUGUUCGUUAAAUAGUUUCGCUUGACAUAUUACACAAGAUUACAAAUUCGAGGUAGCAUGGCCGGAGGUAAAGCAGGAAAAGACUCCAAAACAAAAGCCAAAGCCGUGUCGAGGUCUGCUCGCGCCGGUUUACAGUUCCCAGUUGGUCGUAUUCACAGACAUUUGAAGAACCGUACAACUAGCCAUGGCCGUGUUGGAGCCACUGCUGCUGUGUACAGCGCAGCAAUUUUAGAGUAUCUUACAGCUGAGGUGCUUGAGUUGGCUGGAAAUGCUUCAAAAGAUCUUAAGGUAAAACGUAUAACACCAAGGCAUUUACAGCUUGCUAUUCGAGGUGAUGAAGAACUUGAUUCUCUUAUUAAAGCAACAAUUGCUGGUGGAGGUGUUAUUCCUCAUAUUCACAAGAGUUUGAUUGGAAAGAAAGGAACACCUAAACCACAAUAGUUUUAUAGAUAAUGUUUAUGAUGAUUCCUUCAACCGUGUUCUCUCAUUCAUUCACUAUCACAUGAGAGGCAAAUGUACAUUGAAAAUAAGAACAUCUUGCUCUGCUAGCUUUUGUUAUUUAUAUUUGAAGUGUAUAUGUAUUCAGGAUGCCUCUUUUAAACUAACAAUGUACAGUUCAUAUCAUUUCUUGUAAUAUGUAAUAAAAUGACACAAAUA